CCAAAGAUUUGUUGGAUUUGAGGAGUCCAGGAUGUGCUGACCAGUUCUGUCUGCAUGGACUCUCCUUGUGUCUCUGAUGCAUCACUGUAGACACUGAGCUUACCAAGUGUACCUGCUCCAAAACAAGAAGGAAGCCUGUCUGUCUCUUCCUGUUCAGAGUACAUGAAGAUAUUCCACAUUUAGCACAAGCUUCAGCUAGGAACUCCAUCCAGGAUGUCCAAAAGGUGCAGGCUCCAGUUACAGCACAGCACAACAGAAGAUUCCUAUUGUGAGACACACCUGGAGCCAUUAGAGCUGUUCUGUGAUGAUGACCAAGUCACACUGUGCAGCAAGUGCCUGCAGGCACAGGACCAUGAGCACCAUGCGGUAUAUAGUGUACAGGUGGCUGCUGAAAAGUACAGGAAAUUAUUCCAAGAAAUAUUGAAUCUACUGAGGGAGAAAGUUGAAGUCGCUAAAAGUAUAUUGGCUGAUGAGCAAGAAAGAAUGAUGAUGAUUCAGGAAGAGCAGCGGAAUUUUAAAGUGAUAAUUGAGUCUGAAUAUAGGAUAAAGUUCCAGCUAUUGAGAGAAGAGAAUGAGAUGAAAUUUCUGAGACUCCAAGGAUGCAAAUUUGACUUGAACAUGAGAGAAGCUAAUCAGAAUCAUUUGAUGAGACUUGCUACAGAGGUAGAGGAGAAAUCCCAGAAAAUGCUACAGAGACUGGACUCUUGGGGGAGAGAGAACAUGAAUAAACUGAAGGAGAGUGAAGCCAAGGUUUCUGAACACCUUUGCAGCCUCCGAGAGCUCACCACAGAGCUGGAGAAGCAGUGUGGGCAUCCUGCCGCAGCCUUGCUCCAGAAUGCAAGAUACUGUUUGGAAAGAAAUGAGUCACUACUUCUUCAGUCCCUAGUGCCUGCUCGUAUCACACACCUGAGUUUAUGUCAAAUAAAAAGAAUGACCAAAAUGCUAACAGUUCACAGAAAACAUAUAACUUUGGAUCCUAAAACAGCUCAUCCCUGCCUGGCCUUUUCUGAAGACUUGAGAACUGUGAGAUUUGGAAAUAUCCAGCAGGAUGUCCCUGGAAACCCAGGGAGGUUUGACUUCAGUGCUUCUGUGUUGGGUGCAGAAAGCUUCAGCUCAGGAAAGCACUACUGGGAGGUAGCUGUGGACAAGGCAACACAGUGGCAGUUGGGUGUGUACAGAGACUGCUCUGCAGACAACAAGGACAACAUGCCUGAAGCAUCUCCAGAUAAAUUCUUACUCAUAGGAUCCAUGAUGGGUCCCGAUUACACCUUCUGGGUCUUUCCCCCUUUAAAAAAGAUCCACUUGCAAAAAGAAAUGCAAAAAGUUGGAGUUUUCUUGGACUAUGAAAAUGGGCACAUAUCAUUCUACAAUGUGACAAAGAGAUCCCUCCUUUAUAAUUUCUCUCGUCUUGGGUUCCAAGGAGCUCUCAGGCCUCUAUUUUCUCUUUGUAUUCCAAAUGGAGACAUAAAUUCAGACUCUCUUACUAUCUGCCCCCUUCCUGUUUCUUCCUGAAAUGUCAAUAUUAGCACUAAGAUCACAAGAGACCAGAAAGUUAAG